GCGGUCACACUGGUUCACGGACACAACAAGAUGGCGAGACCUGCACCCCAAGUCAGCUAAAAAACGCCACAGAAACCGAAAACCGAUCAAGUAUUCGACCAGACAAGUGUCCGCCGUAAUCUACCGUAGCCGGGGCGCAUAUUGAAGUGUAAGCUUAGGCGGCGUUGCCUGCUAGCGUCGCGAAAGGCGCAACCUUCUGCUGGCCUUGUUGUUGCAGUUGUUGCUCUGCCUGCGUGUGCUUGUGUGUGUGCGUGUGCGAGGCGCGUGCGAGUGUGGGUGCCAGUGCCAAGAUGAUGAGCAACUACGGCAACAUAAUGAUGGACUCGCCGCGGUCGUCGCCUCACGGCGGAGGCCGAUCCCCAGUUGUGGCCCGCCAGGAUUCCUCGGGCACGUUAAAGACAACGAUAUCGCUUGGGAAAACGCCGACAAUCAUCCACACGGGGCCGUUCUACUCAAUGAAGGAGCCACCCGCCAAGGCGGAACUGACUGGCGACAAGGAUCUCAUGACCGAGAACGGACUACACCAUACGCUGACCAAGUUCAAGGAGAAAAAGUUCAAGGAGUCACUGGCCUCGUUCCUGCAGAAUAUUCCUGGCAUCAACGACCUAAUCACACAUCCCGUCGAGAAUAGCACGCUGCGAAGCGUGAUCGAGAAGCCGCCUAUAGGCGGCAAGGAGCUCAUCCCGUUAACCCCUGUGCAGCUGGCCGGUUUCCGCCUGCAUCCCGGACCGCUGCCGGAACAGUAUCGUACUACAUAUGUCACACCUGCGAGAAAACACAAAAACAAACACAAAAAGCACAAACACAAAGACGGUGUGACCACGGGACAAGAAUCCACGCUCCUGGAUUCGGCUGGCCUGGAGACUUACGAGAAGAAGCACAAGAAGCAGAAGCGGCACGAGGACGAUAAGGAGCGGAAGAAGCGCAAAAAGGAGAAAAAGCGUAAAAAGAAGAAUCAGAGUCCCGAGCCGGGUGUGGGUCUGCUGCCCGGUGGAGCGGGCAUGGGAGGCGGUGCAGCGGGUGUUAUGGGCGCCACCAAUUUGGCAUCAUUGGGGGGUGGGCCUGGUCCCGGCUUAUCCAGUCUGGGCGCCAGUAUGGGUUCCGGAGUCGUUGGCGGUCUGAACAGCUUUUCCUCGUCGAUGCAAAUGCAGCAACAGCAGCAGCAGAUGCCAAUGCAGCAACAGCAGCAGAUGUCAAGCGGUGGCCUUCUGGGAUCUGUGCUGGGCACGAGCGGGGGUCCAGGAGGUGGUGGGGGUGGAGGCAGUGGCGUUGGGAGCGGCGGCAGUGGCAUGUUAAUGUCGCAGUUCUAGGCAGGAUCCUUUAGCAAAAUAGACUUGGCUCAUUACCUCUCAUCAGCAGACGCACCCCAGAUGCAACGAUGGACCUCUGAGAGUCCUCUAAAUGCAAUUUUCUCGAUAAAAGUCGUUUUUAGUUAUUAAUUUAUGAUUACUGUAACUGUAAAUUAGUUUAUUUUUGUAAUUAGCCAACAAUUUUUCGUUUAUUUACAAAUAUUUAGCUUAAUGAGAUUUAUUUAAAUGCAAGAUAUGGUACAAAAUGCACGCAAAAAUUUUCCGCUCUCGAUUCCAGAUUUUCCCCAAUCCGUUAUGCAAGCUCAGAAUCCCCCGCAUCUCCACAAAAGCUUUUUGGCAAUUUUAAUUUUUAGGGUCAGUAUUUCAUUUUAUUAUUUCUGCAAUGGUUCGUUCUUCCAGCAAAGUUUAUAAACCCAUGAGUAAGCUGAGAUUCAACACAACAACAAAAAAUGCCUGUACUAUUAGUAAUUAAAUUUAGUGAUUAGCAGCCGUAUAAUACAUUAAUAAACAAUCUGACAAAUGAU